AUGUGCAAAGAAAACUAUGGGAAGACUAAACACUAUCGAGUGUUUUGGUCUAAACACCUUGAUAAACACUAUCGAGUGUUUUGGUCCAAACACCUUGAGGAAGCUAAAAGAAAGCGGGACGCCCUUCGCAACACUGCUGAUCAGUACUGGAAGCGCGACGCCCUUCGCAACACUGCUGAUCAGACUGGAAGAACAAACGCCCUUCGCAACACUGCUGAUCUGACUGGAAGAACGGAGCGUACAAACCUGGAGACGACAAUCAGCUGUCCUAAGGCAAGCCAUCUUAGAAGCAAAACGGACGUCCUUCGACAAGUUCAUCUCAAAUAUCAACUAAACCGGACUUCCUUCAACAAGUUCAUUUCAAAUAUCAGCUAUUACGGACUUCCUUCGACAACUUCAUCUCAAAUAUCAACUAUGAAACUUACUUCGACAAGUUCAUCUCGAAUAUCAACUAUCAAAGCGUUCGACAAGUUCAUCUCAAAUAUCAAGUAUCAAAGUGAUACAAUCUUACAAGCUAAACGAACUUCCUUCGACAAGUUCAUCUCUACCAAAGUGAUGGCCAACGCACCAAUUCCUGGGUAA